AGCGGAUGGCUGACUUCUUAACCCUUCUCUGCCCACAUGCUGCACUGCUAAUGGCUCACCUUGGCCUGGUAUGGUUUGGUUUGGCUUGGUUUGGUUUUACCCAUCAGACUCCACUGGUGGAGAGACCAAGCCUGCUGCCCCUGCAGCUGCCUCUGGUGCUGAGCUGAUGGCAGCGUUUGAUGGUCUAGGGGAUGUGUUGAUGCCUUCUAUGACACCCCAGGCCGGGGCAGCCUCGUCUCCAGUCAAAUCUAUGGGAGGAGACCUGGACGCCACCAUGGCUAGCAUGGCUAGCAAUCUGGGAAUGGGGAGCCAAAAACCGGGGGAGAACACGAUGGGAGGCUGGUCAACUCCUCAGGUAGCUCCUCCCAGUAGGGGCGCUCCCAUGGGUGGAGCGGUCGGGGCUGGAGCUCCCAUGAUGCCCAUGGUUAGGCCAGGCUUUGGAGCCCCUGCAACCCCAGGAGCACCGAUGGGAUCUCCAGGGAUGGCCGGGAGUCCGAGGAGGCCUCCUCCCCCCAAGAAUGCCUUGGAUGACCUCAACAUCAAGGACUUCAUGUAA